AUGAGUGAUGCUAAUGAUAGAAAGCAAUUAUGGAGGGAUUUGGUUAGUAUUUCCAAGGAGAAUGAUAGUCCCUUGAUAGUAUUGGGAGAUUUCAAUGCCAUUUUGAGUAAUGCUGAUAGAUGUGGGGGUAUUUUAGCUAAUCAGAAGCAGUGUGAGGAUUUCCAGAACUUUUUGACAGAGGCUAAUCUUAAUGAGUUGAAUUCGAAGGGUAAUUGGUUUACUUGGACUAACAUUCAAUGUGGAGAUAAUAGAGUGUGGAGGAAGAUUGAUAGGGCCCUGGUCUCUGAAAGCUGGCUGAAUUCUUUUGAUGCUAAAGCCUCCUUUCUAAAUCAUGGCAUCUCUGAUCACUCUCCUGUGAUUAUUACGUUUAAUGAGCCAGUUAGGGUGAACUGCAAACCUUUUAGGUUUUUCAAUAUUUGGACAGAGCAUAAAGACUUCCGUGAAACAGACAGAGAUAGUUGGUGUACUCCUACAGAUGGCUUUAAGAUGUAUCAAAGUGUCCAUAAACUUAAUAGAUUGAAGAGGGUGUUGAGGAAUCUAAAUAGAGAUAGCUUCAAUAAUAUUUCUAUGCAGGUUGAGAUGACUAAAAAGGAGUUAGAUAGUAUUCAAGUGCAGAUUCAAAGGGACCCUUUGAACAACCAGCUACUUGAAGAGGAGAGGUUAAAAGCUGCUGUUAUGAAGAAAGUCCUAAAAUGGGAGGAAAAUUUCUUUAGACAAAAAUCUAGAGUUCAAUGGAUUGAGCUUGGAGAUUUGAAUACCAGAUUUUUCCACAAUUCCAUGAAGCAAAGGCAAAUUAGUAAUAGAAUUUCUCAGUUGAAUGUAGAUGGUGAAAACCUCUUUGGGAGUAGAAGUAACAGAAAUGUUAGUGUUGAUUAUAACACCCUGUCUAAAGGAGAGUGUGUUUGUGAGAUUGAUAGAAAGAAGAUGGUGGAUCCAGUUACUAAUGAGGAGAUUAAAUCAGCUAUGUUUAGCAUUGGGUCUGAUAAGGCACCUGGUGCAGAUGGCUAUGGGAGUCUUCUCUUUAAGAAGUGCUGGUCAGUUAUUGGAGGUGAUAUUUGUGAGGCUGUCAGAGACUUCUUCAUCUCUGGUAAACUUUUAAAGCAGAUUAAUGCAACUAUUAUUACUCUUAAUCCAAAAGUAGAGAAUGCUUUGCUUUUGAGUGACUUUAGACCCAUCUCUUGCUGUAAUGUCAUUUACAAAUGCAUUACCAAGAUUAUUGCAAGUAGAAUGAGAGGUUACUUAGAUUACUUCAUUAAUCAUGCCCAAUCCGCUUUUGUGCCUAUGAGGAAGAUUAGUGACAAUGUCCUGUUAGCACAUGAGUUAGUUUUUAACUAUCAUAGAGCUAAUGGUAGGAAUGACUGUGCCAGGAAGAUUGACUUGAGAAAAGCUUAUGAUUCUGUGCAAUGGAACUGUAUUAAAGAAGUGCUCUUGGGCCUUAAUUUCCCUGAUGAAUUCAUCAAGUGGAUAAUGAUGUGUAUGAGGACCCCUUCUGACUCCAUCAUGAUUAAUGGGAAACCUGAGGGGUUCUUUAAAGGGGUUAAAGGAAUUAGGCGAGGAGAUCCUAUGUCCCCUUUACUUUUUGUUGUUGUUAUGGAAUACCUUUCUACAUGCUUAGAAUCUAAAUGUGAUAAUAGCUUUGCCUUCCAUUCUGGAUUGUCUGUGUUGAGUUUGAAUGAAAAUAAGAGCUGCAUUUACUUUAGUGGCCUUAGGGAGGAUAUCAAAAGUUGUAUUAUGCAUGAGUUGGGAUUUUCAGAGGGUACUUUACCUAUUAAAUACCUUGGUAUGCCCCUGAUCAGUAAAAGGCUUAGCAAAGAGGAUUGUAGAGGGUUGAUAGAGAAGAUAACUAAGAGAAUUACUCAUUGGAUUGUCAGGCAUUUGUCCUAUGCUGGCAGACUUCAAUUAGUGAAUGUUAUCCUCAGACGAGGAUCUGCAGAUCCUCGCGCGGAUCUGUCAAGAACAGAUCCUCGCCUGAGGAUCUGUAACAGAUCCUCAGGCGAGGAUCUGUCAACAGAUCCUCCGGCGAGGAUCUGUACAGAUCCUCGUCGGAGGAUCUCAAGAACAGAUCCUCAGGUGUAUUGGGCAUCUAUCUUCAUUUUACCUAUGGAAGUUUUGAGAGGAGUUGAGAGCCUGUGCAGGAAUUUCCUUUGGAAGGGAAAUGUAGAUUUUAAGCAUGGUAGCAUGGUUGCUUGGAAGGAUGUUUGCAAGAUGAAAAGUGAAGGGGGCCUAGGAGUUAAGGAUAUUGUCCUCUGGAACAGAAUAGCUAUCAUGAAGCAUGUCUGGGAGUUAGUUGUUGUGAAAGAUUCCUUAUGGGCUAAAUGGAUCAUAAAAAACAAGCUGAAGAUGUUGAGUUUUUGGGGCAUUACUAAGUCUCUUGUAGCUAGCUGGAGUUGGAGGAAUUUGUGCAAAAUAAGACAGGAUAUAAAAGGUUGCUUUUCCUGUGAUCUGGGCAAGGGAGACUUGUCUUUCUGGUUUGAUCCUUUGUUUCAAGGAAAAGCUAUAGUUGAUAUGUUCCCUAGCAUGUCCUUUAUUGAUGCUGAUAUCCCCAAGGAGGCUAAAGUUAGAGAUGUGUGGAGAAGAGGUGAUUGGAGACUUCCUGAUCCUGUAGAUGAUAUGACAGAGGGAGUGUGGGACACUAUCAAAAUUCAGUUAAGGAUAAAUGAUAGAAACGAUGCUGUGAAGGUGAAUGAUGAGAAAGUCCCCUGGUGGAAGCUAAUUUGGAGCCCUGGUUGUGUUCCUAGACAAAGCUUUAUUGCCUGGUUAGCAGUCAGGAAGAAGUUGAAAACCAGAGACAAGUUGAAAAAGUGGGGCUGUGUUGAGGAAAAUAGUUGUGUUCUUUGCAAUGAAAAAAGUGAAUCCAUUGAGCAUCUGUUUUUCAAUUGCAAGUGUACAAAAGCUGUAAUGAGCAAGUUGCUGUACAAUGGCAAUAUUCAUAGAGAAAGGAAAAAGCUUGCUACUAAGAGUGAGAAGAGUGGCCUUCAUAGCUGUAAUUUAUCAUAUCUGAAGGGCCAGAAACAGGGUGAUUUUGAGAAGGUUGUUGUUACUGAUGUGGAGAUUUUUAGAAUGAUUAGGCAGGAUGUGCUGUUGAAGUUGUAUGGAAGGCAGUCUAAUACUAGUUUAUUCUUUCAGAUUUAUAAGAAUUGGCUUUGUAUAGAAUAG